CGGAGGCUGGCAGCGAGGGCGGGGCCUGCGGACGCAGGGAGUCCGACGCUGGGCUUGUCGCCGCCUCGCUGCCUCUGCCCACAGCGCGCCCUCCUCUCGCUCCACCCGCUGGGACAGCUGCGGCCGAAGCGUCCCCCGGGGUCGGACGGGAGUCGAGCCCAUGGCCACCGUGCUAUCGUACGAGAGCCUGGUCCACGCUGUGGCCGGCGCCGUGGGAAGUGUGACCGCCAUGACGGUGUUUUUUCCUUUGGAUACCGCCAGGCUUCGACUUCAGGUUGAUGAGAAGCGGAAAUCCAAGACAACGCACAUGGUCCUGAUGGAGAUCAUUAAAGAGGAAGGCCUCCUGGCACCGUACCGAGGGUGGUUUCCAGUUAUCUCCAGCCUUUGCUGCUCCAAUUUUGUCUAUUUCUACACUUUCAACAGCCUCAAGGCCGUCUGGGUCAAAGGUCAACAUUCUACUACUGGAAAGGACUUGGUGGUUGGAUUUGUUGCAGGUGUGGUCAACGUGCUCCUGACCACCCCACUGUGGGUGGUAAACACACGGCUGAAGCUGCAGGGGGCCAAGUUCAGAAAUGAAGACAUUGUUCCUACCAACUACAAGGGCAUCUUAGAUGCCUUCCACCAGAUCACGCGAGACGAAGGGAUCCUGGCUCUGUGGAAUGGCACGCUUCCCUCCCUUCUGCUGGUCUUCAAUCCGGCCAUCCAGUUCAUGUUUUAUGAAGGGCUCAAGAGGCAGCUCUUGAAGAGACAGGGGCAGGUACGGGCACAGCUUUCCUCUUUGAACGUGUUUGUCAUCGGGGCCAUUGCCAAGGCCAUCGCCACCACGGUCACCUACCCAAUGCAGACAGUGCAGUCCAUCUUGAGGUUUGGACGUCACAGGCUGAACCCUGAAAACAGAAGAUUAGGGAGCCUUCGGAAUGUUCUUUACCUUCUUCACCAGCGAGUGAGGCGCUUUGGAGUAAUGGGUCUUUACAAAGGCCUGGAGGCCAAGCUGCUACAGACCGUGCUCACCGCUGCCCUAAUGUUCCUAGUCUAUGAGAAGCUGACCGCGGCCACCUUCACAGUCAUGGGGCUGAAGAGUAGUCACAGGCACUGAGAGGGGAUAGCAGGAGGGCUGAGGCUGGGGUCUCCUCCAUGGAUGGGGAUGUCCCCUCCAACACCUGCUGCCCCCCAUCCCUGGCUCUGGAAGCGGCUGAGAUGACACGUGGCCUGAGGCCUGCCGGACUGCUACCAACUUUUGUUGUGGUUGGUUUGAUUUUUUGGACUGAGGGUCUCUAAGAAAUAGCAAACUGUAUUAAAAAUCUGCAAGUGAAAACAGUCAUUUCUUACAAGUUAGGUGGGUUCUUUAGUAGGGUGGCACGGUUGUCCCCUUGGGCUCUAGACUUUCUUCCCAGGUUCCUCCGUGGUCUCUGGCUGGGCUCAUUCCAUGGCCUUGUUGCCGUCUCUGGGACAGGUCCUUUCCCCCUCCCCCUGCUGCUCCCAGGGUGCCCCUCAUAGGGCCGUGGCCGCAGCCCCCUCCCAUCCCGCCGCCCUCCCCCCACGCCUUGAGGAUACGGGGCCUUCGUUGGGCUCUCAUCUAAGCUUCGCUUGUUGUGGUCUUUCCUUCUGACCCCAUGGCCAUUCUUCCCAUGCUCCCCGAUUCCCCAGCCCCCCCGAGAGGUUUUCCUUGGGGAGAAGACCUGGACUGGCCCCCGAUUCAUAUGGGGAGCUCCCAAGUGAGGACCCUCCCUCUGCCAGUGUGAGUCAGCACCUCCGUGGCUUGCUGUGCUCACAGGCUACCUAGAGCCCCGGGCCCAGAACUAGCCUACCCAGGGUCCUUCGGGCGAUCUAUGUCCAAGGUCUUCUGGCUCCAAGGCCAGCUGUCUCUGCUAGACCUUAGGACAGAGAAGCUUUUAAGCGCAUCCAGCCACACGGCAGCUCCGUGUGACAGCAGGGGGAGCCAUCGAAUGGGGCAUAUUGAUAUGGCACUUUAUGAUUUUCCAAUAAAGUCUUACCCAACA